UAUUUUCUCUCACUAAAACAGAUAUACCAAAACUAUCUAUCUUCUCUCUCUCUAGCUUUGUGCAGUAGUACAGAUCAGGUUGCGAAGACCGUAUUCUGGUUUCUGCUCUUUAAAGAGCUCUCUGAUGGUGGUGCUGGAUUUCUAGGGUUUUAUGUAAGGGGGUUUUAUUUUGUUUUUUAUUUCUCUAGAGACUUGAGUGAGAGUUGUACGAGCUUCGAUGUCGACUGCCUCGUCUUCGUCGCCGGCUCCUAAGGUCUGCUACAAUUCUGAGUGUAAGGAAUUGAAACCGGAGCGCUCCAGAAAGGGAUGGCGCCUCCGCACCGGAGAGUUAGCUGACCUUUGUGAUCGAUGCGCUUCUGCUUUUGAGGAAGGAAGAUUCUGUGAGACUUUCCAUGGAAAUGCUUCUGGCUGGAGGUGUUGUGAAUCUUGUGGAAAGCGGAUUCAUUGUGGAUGUAUUGUUUCUAUUCAUGCCUUUACAUUAUUGGACCCUGGAGGAAUUGAAUGUAUUACCUGUGCAAGGAAAAAUGUCUUUUUGACGUCAAAUCCAACAUGGGCCCAAUCUUUCCUUUUCCCAUCUGAAAGACUCAAAGACUUGUCUAUGACGAAAAACUGGAAUCAGUUGGCUGGAUCAGGUCCUGUUCCUUGGCGGCAAGCCCCUAGCUUAUUUAGUUCGUCUAUUCCAUCAUCUGAAAUGCAGCCAAGGGUUCCUUUUGAAGUUGACAUUUCAAGUGCAAUAAACAAACUUGGUAAUGUAGAAAGGAUAUCUACUUGUUCCUUGGACAAGAACAAAAUUGAGGAUUUAUCUGAAAGAUUACACAAUGGUUGCCUGAAGCUUGGUGCCCAAGAGAUACAUGAAAGGAUAUCUACUUGUUCCUUGGAGAAGAGAAAAAUUGAGGAUUUAUCUGAAAGAUUACACAAUGGUUGCCUGAAGCUUGGUGCCCAAGAGAUACAUGAAAAUGGGAUCACAGGAAAGAAUUGUGAGGAGCAAAUUAGUUCAUGUUUGAGUAUGUCUCAACAUUCUUCUUCUCUAAAGGAGGAUCCAUCUACUCCCCAAUUUGGUAUGAUUGUACCCUAUUCCGGUCCAAUUGAAACAAAUGAUCAACUAGUGGUUUCUGGAACAAAUUUGCGGCCAACCCCUCCUUCCUUGUCAAAACAAUUUCUACAGAACGGGGUUGACCCAUCUGGUGAAACUCAUAUUCGCAAUGCAAGGCCUCGGGCAGAUGCCAGAGGAAGAAAUCAAUUACUUCCUCGGUAUUGGCCUAGAUUUACUGAUCAAGAGCUACAACAAAUAACUGGAGAUUCAAAUUCUGUAAUCACUCCGUUGUUUGAGAAAAUGUUAAGUGCAAGUGACGCUGGACGAAUUGGACGUCUUGUACUGCCAAAAAAAUGUGCAGAGGCCUACUUUCCUCCAAUUUCUCAGCCUGAAGGAUUACCUCUUAAGGUCCAGGAUGCAAAAGGCAAGGAAUGGAUAUUUCAGUUUCGCUUCUGGCCUAAUAACAAUAGCAGAAUGUAUGUUCUGGAGGGAGUUACCCCUUGCAUACAGUCCAUGCAAUUACAAGCUGGUGACAUAGUCACGUUUAGUCGUUUAGAGCCUGAAGGAAAACUAGUCAUGGGGUUCAGGAAGGCCUCAGCAGCCCCACCAUCAGAUCAGGAGAAUGAAACAAACAAGAAUGCAAAUGGAGUUUCAGCACGCGGAGAUGUGGAACUGGCUGAUCCUAGUUGUUGGUCAAAAGUUGACAAGUCUGGAUACAUAGCAAAAGAAGUUGUAGGAGGAAAAGCGUUGAUCUCUAGAAAGAGGAAGAGUAGUACUUUAGGUUCUAAGAGUAAGCGCCUUAGAAUUGAAAAUGAAGACAUGAUGGAGCUGAAGCUAACAUGGGAAGAAGCUCAAGGGCUGCUUUGUCCUCCUACCAAUCACGUUCCGAGUGUUAUAGUGAUUGAAGGCUUUGAGUUUGAGGAAUAUGAGGAUGCCCCAGUACUUGGGAAACCAACUAUUUUUUCAACUAACAAUGGUGAAAAGGUUCAAUGGGUUCAAUGUGAAGAUUGUUUCAAAUUGCGCAAAUUGCCUGCUGAUGCCCUUGUUCCCCCUACUAAAUGGACUUGUUCUGAUAAUUCAUGGGACCCACAAAGAUCUUCCUGUUCUGCAGCUCAAGAAUUAACUUCAGAAGAACGUCAAGAUCUGCUGCCGACUGUUUCAGCUGCGUCUAAGAAAAUGAAGGCUGCUAAACAGGAUGUGGAGAAUGUGGAAGCUCUUGAGGGUCUUGACACCCUCGCUAAUCUAGCUAUUUUGGGAGAAAGUGACUCCCUCCCAGCAUCAGCUCAGGCGACCACGAAACACCCCCGACAUAGACCUGGUUGCUCAUGCAUUGUGUGCAUCCAGCCCCCAAGUGGGAAAGGCCCCAAGCACAAACCAUCAUGUACAUGUAACGUUUGCCUAACCGUGAAACGGCGCUUCCGUACACUAAUGAUGCGACGUGAGAAGAAGCAAUCUGAAAAAGAAGCAGAAACUACACGCAAAAAGCAGCAGCAGCUGCAACCCUUGCCAGAGAAGUUGCAGGAUGACACAGUGACCAAUAAUAAUAAUAAUGCCCCAAAUAGUCCUAAACGGCAUAUUGAUGUCCUUGAAAUUUCAGAUGACGAUCCUAGUAAGGUGAAAUCAUCCACCUCACCAUUUAAAGGCCAAAUAGACCUGAAUAUCCAGCCGGAGCGGGAAGAAGAGCUAUCCCCUAGCUCAGAUUCUGGCAGCAUGAUGAAGUUGCUCCAUGAUGCUACAGAGAGAUAUCUUAAACAGCAUAGAGUGUCGGGCUCUGGUUGCAAUGAAAAUCCAUCUGGUAAUGUGUUGCGGUGCGAUGGAGAUGAGACAAUGGGAGAGAAACACACCAACGGCAUAAACCUCGGUACCAAUCAUCACAAUGCAGAUGAAGAUCGCCCCGCAACUUUGUCCAUCACCGCUUCGCUAUCAUCAACUCCCGCUGGAUGAACCUGCGAUUUCUUGUUCCUUGUUUCUUCUUGUAUACUAUGUCGCAUUGAUCAGCAACUCGUGGUGGCGUUGUUGAACACCUUGGGUUCUGCAUUCAUCCACAGUAGUAUCUCUCUCAUUCAGAGGUCUGUACAUAAAAAGAGAGUAGGAAAGGAAGAGGGCUUAUCGAGAAACGAAUUGUAUGGUCUGAUAUUUUCUCUCUACAUUUAAAGUAAUUGUAGGCCCAAGUUGUGUUGAAGUAGUUGGGAGACGAUGAAUGCUACAACUGAAGUGCAUUGCAGGUUGAGGCUUUUGCAGUUUCUUUUUUCUUUUCCUUUUUUUUUGGAGCUCGCCUUGCAGCCUUCAUUCUGUAAUAGAGAUGUAACAAAUAUCUGUUUUUUCGGCUCGAUGAAAGUAGUGAUUUACAUUUGGGGUA